CCUUGUUAAACCAUGUCCUUCGCUUGUCGUCUCCCAAACCUUACACUACGUUUUAUAAGAAGCUACAAGUCGACGACUCGAUCAAACAUGCGCAUCCCAUACGCACCUACCGAACCGGCAGCCGAUGCGUCGGAGCAGACCAAAGCAGUCUACGAGCGCAUUACAGAGCGAAGAAAGCCCCGUCCUCUCCUUCCCCUCGACCUAGCACUACUACACAAUACGGCCAUCGCCGACGGCUGGAACAGCUUGCUCGGAGCAGUACGAUCAAAGACUUCACUUGACCCCGGUCUUAUGGAGAUGGCGGUAAGCCGCAUCGCAGUGCUCAACAAGGCAACAUUCGAGUGGAACUCGCACGCACCACUAGCACUCAAGGGUGGACUACCUAGAGCAUCAUUGGAACUUGUUCGUACCGCUGCAGUAGUACCACCCGGCAGUAGAUCCAGGACCAAGGAAGAGCAGGAGAUAUUCAGCGAUAAGGAGUGGGCAGUUUUGUGCUAUACAGACCAGGUCACCAAGAACGUCGACGUCGACGACGAGGUCUUUGAUGCGCUAAGGAAAUUCUUGGACAACACUGGCAUUAUGGAGAUAACGGCGACAGUGGCAACAUACAACAUGGUUAGCAGAUUCUUGGUCGCCAUGAACGUGGCAGAGAAGAACGGACAUGAGAUUGUGAUGCCUGAGCAAUAGCUUCUCUGUACUCAUAUGAAAAAUGCAUUCUUCAAAUCAGAAGUCGUGAGCCCCUUGGCGCUUGAGCC